UGCUCUGCUCCAUCCGUCCGUUCAUCUCGACUAGGAGCUGUCCGGGACCGGCGGUGCUGAAGCGGCUCAGCUCCCGUUUACAGCGUCGCAUCCGUCCACGCGCCUGGUGGACAUCUCCACGCUCUCCAAUAGCGCACCGAGCCCGUAACUUCGCCCUACAGAAGCGAGGAGCCUCCGGACCGCAGCCAUGGCUUUCAUGGUGAAACAUGUGGUGGGGGGGCAGCUGAAGAACCUGACGGGCGGACUGACGGAGGAGAAACCUGAAGGGGAGAAAUCCGACGCCGCCGCGCAGGGGAUGACUCAAGAGGAAUUCGAACAGUAUCAGCAACAGUUAGAGGAGGAAAAACGAGAGCGAGAAGCUAAUUUUGCUCAGAAGAAAGCCGAGAGAGCCACAGUUAGAACUCACUUCCGGGAAAAAUACCGACUACCAAAGAACGAGCUGGAUGAGACCCAGAUCCAGCAGGCCGGGGACGAUGUGGUUCUGCCCACAGAGCUGGCCAAGAUGAUCGCCGAGGACAACCAGGAGGAGACGCACAAGCAGUCAGUCCUGGGCCAGCUGUCCAACAUCCAGAACGUGGACAUCGACCAGCUGAAGGACAAGGCCCAGGCCACGCUGGAAGACCUGAAGAAGCAGACAGAAAACUGCAGCCUGAUGUGAUUGGGUCAGUCCUAGUUCAGAUGUUCAUCAGAGGCAGACGUCCCCUCGCUGCAGACGUUUUCUCAUUGUCUUAGUGGAAUGUGCAUCAGCAGAGAGUUUAAAUUUAGACAACCAACCAGAUAAAAUGAUUCCUGAAGGUUUUGAAUGUCGUUUCACCAAAUUUAACCAAUUUGCACUUUGAUGAAACUGAGAUGAAACCAAUGAGAUUAUUUCUGAGGUGAGGCCAUCCUGCUCUGAGUGAAGUGGGUUUGCUGUGUCCAGUCGUUUAUCCGCUCUGCUGCGCUCUCCCUCCUCCUCCUCCUCCUCCUCCUCCUCCUCCUGCUGUGAACGGUGGCUCGGCAGCGGCGGUCAGGGGGCUGGUUUAGAUUCAGACUGUUUUUAAAUUAACAAACUAAAUAAUUGAACUGAUGAAUCCUGCAGCUGAUCUAUAUGUCAUACUUCCUGUCUCACCUGUUGGCUUCCAGAACAGCCUCUGUUAAGAGAAAUAGAUGUGAUGUUCUUGAGGACGGAUGAGCUAACGGCUAGUGGCCAAACGUGGCUUCCAUCUUUAAAAAAAAGGUAAAAUUUCACAGCACGUGAUGUCACUUUAUAAAUGUUUACGUCAGAAUCAUGAUCCAAUACGCCUGAACCUUUUUUUCCUAGACAGACGUGAAUAUGUUAAAGGUUUUAAACCUUUAACGUUCAAAGACAAAGGUGAAGAAAUUGUUUAGUUUUUGCAUUUUUUCAAUCCAUUUUGGUAAUAAAGGUUAGAAUUUAUUGUAAAAUAAGAAUAUUGAUGUAAAAGCAACAAUAUUGCUUUUUAUAUUAUUUUAUAUCCGUUUUCUAGGUGUUAUACUAACAUUACACAAUAAAACGUUCAGUUUUUAAAUCUAGUUUUUUGUUUCUUAUAUCAGACUUUGAAGGAUUGCACUUUUUAAACUUUCUUUUUCAUUCUUAGUUUGAAGGUAUUUUUCCUUUUUUUUAAUUAGAAACAUUUUUGCUUGUGUUCUUUUUUAUAUAUUUUUCUACAUUUCUUCUAAUCUUUUCAAAAUGUUCUAGUUUAGGCUUCAAAUUGAGUCUUAAAGGUCAGCAGAUCUGGUCAUCUGCUCAUGUGACCAGUGAUUCAAACAUGGUACGCACAUUUUUAUUGGUGUUUGGUCCCUUUGAGCCCGCCUCCAGCUCCUGAUGAAAGGAUACUAUUGGAGAGAGCAGACUAACAAGAUGAUGUCAUGCUGAAGUAAAAUACAGAAAGUUAGUCAACAACAGAGAUCAGGACCUGAGUGUGGCUGGUUACUCUGAUACCGACAACAUGAUCCAAUACUUGAUUUCACCUCUAAAUUUAGGAGAUUGAAGCCGGUUAAAGAGAACAGCAAUACAUUAGCGCUUUGAAAAGCUGUCAGCUAGUCUGGGCUUGUCUAUUUGCACCGUGACGCAGAACUAGAAAACUUUGUUCAAAAACACAUCAGAUCUCCUAAAACACAACUGCUCUCUAGUCCUGAAGGAAUAAACUCAAUUUCACUGAACUGAGGUUGUUCAAAAAGCCGUCUCCAACAGGAAGGAUGGGAAUUAUUAUUUUAUGUUACGAAAUACAACUGACAAAGGCCAAAAUAUAUUUUAAUGUUAAAUUAUUGAAUUUCUUUGAAGUAAAUGAUAGUAAAAUAGCUUUUUCAUGAAGGUGUUUUUUAUUCCUGAAGCAGAAAUGGCACCUCAGACAGGAAGUGUUGCUCUGGAGCAAAAGUAACGCUGAUCUUCUGGUUUUCUGUUGCUGCUGCUGUCUUCUCAGACGUUUCACUACAAAGACGUUCUCGUUCUCAGCUUCUCCUGUAUUUCUGCGUGCCUUGAUGUUUAGGUUAUCGUCUUUAAAGCUCCAACAUGUAAAAACACAUAUUAGCCGUGCACGAAGCUUCUUGUUUGUUUAGCUGUUCGGGACUCGGGGGGGGGGGGGGGGGGUCAGUGCAGAUAAGACUUGCAGCCACCUGUAGGUUGUAUAAACGUGUGAUCUAGUGCAGUAACCGUGCUCCCAGAUUUAACCCAGCUUCCAUGAAUAUAACAUUGGUAUCAAAUAUAUAUCGUGAGUAAAUCUGUUCAUAUGCUGCAUUCAGGGGCGCUGCUCGGAUGUUGGAAACGGGGGAUUUCUUUAGGAGUGUGUAUGCCAAAGCUCUAGCUGACAACACUCAGACCACCAUAAAGAGAAUAAGAGGUCAGCUCGUGUGUUUAAAUCCAGCUCAGUCUACAUUUUGUUUGAGGCGUAAAAAGUUCUGCAGCGGUUUCCGUCGAACUGCUGGGUCUCGUGUUGUUUAACCAUCUCCUGGUUCUCCAUCUCCGCCGUCUCCGUGGUGCCGUCCCGUGCUGGUGGGUUCUGUGUUGUUGUAACUGAUGUGUCAAACGUCGUCUUUGUGGACAGAAACAUUUAAAAAAGUCCAUUAAAGGAGCGGAGAUCCCGUCCUUUAGCUGGUCGUCGUGUGACGGAGCACAAAGCGUGGGUUUACCUCCAAACUAAAGCCAGAGGGGGGCGCUGUUCAUGUCAUCACAUUCAUUGUUUCAUUUCCCACUGAUGAUCAGUGGUCCAUAGCAGUGUUUUAAUCUGUAAUUCUGCUGCUUGUUUUCCUUUUGACUCGUUUUUGUGUGAUUUAUCAGGAAAACUGGUGGAGUUUUCAAAUCUAAUUUCCUUAAACAGACAGGAGUUUCUUUAACUCAUUCACUGCCAGCCGUUUCCUGAUCGCUAACGGCCUUCGCUGCCAGCGUUUCUCACCGUUUUUACUGUUUUUUUAAGAGUCACAGAACGUUGCGCGCUAGCAUGAUGUCGACGCCAAAACAACCAAAACAAAGAGGAGACUCACCUCUUACAUCAGGAAGAGUCCGCGUGUUUCGAGCGUUAUCCGUUCUUUCAUAAUCCGUUGUUGAAUUGUGAUCGGCAGAUGCUUCUCCGGUUCGCGCCUCACUUUUUUUACAGGAACGGCCCAAAACGAUCUCCUAACACAUGGAUGGUCUGCUUCCUGAUCAUGUGAUCUGUGACGUAUGCGGAUGAAGAUCGGCUUCAGGGCUGAGAUGUUUGUUCUAUCAGCGCGGGGACUCGUUCCAAUGCUCAAACAGUAAAAAAAAAUGCAAAUGACGACUUUAGUCGUCAAUGGCAGUGAAUGAGUUAAGCGCUCCGCCGUUGCUAAAUGAAGACUGGCUCGAAGCCUUUCAGGUGCAAUGUUUUAUUUUUCAGGUGAUAAAAGAGCGUUAUAUUCUAAAUAUAUCCAGAAUAUAAGAGGAGAAACUGCAAUAAGUUAUGUUCUUAUGGAGCUACUGGAAUCUGCCAUCUUUGAUCCUGAUGUAGUAAUAAUAAUAAUAAUAAUAAUAAUAAUAAUAAUAAUAAUAGGUGGAAGAGAAGCCAUAAAUCAAAUUGCUUUGUGUGUGAGACUUUAAACACUUAUUCAAUAAUAAUAACAACAAUAAUGAAUUCUAAAUGUGAAUUGUGUGCUGUGAACCCGUGGAGCUGAUUUUGAAUGAAAUGGCUGCUACGACACGCAGCCGCUUCUCAUUUUUCGGACUCUUUUUGUUUCUUUUCUCUAUUUCUGUCAACUUGUCUGGAAAUAUUGAACUGAUGUUUGAGUUUUAACUGCAAUAAACUGAUUUUUAUGAUAA